AUGGAGGUGCAGCAACAAGAUGGUGGCCAUUGGAGUCUCGAGUCUGACAAGAAGCUGCUGGCUUCUCUCCAGAAGUUCUCAGCCACGUUCCUUUCACGCAUCAACGACACACAGGCCGCCCUUGAUCAGCUGGUGAAACACACCGAGGAGGCCGAGAUCAGGGCGACAGAUGUUGGUAACAGGUUCAGGUUGCUGGCGCACACGCAUUGUAUCGAGCAGGGCGUGAUGGACAACGAGGAGGAUCACGUGGGAUCAACGCGCGCAGCUUCUUCCUCAAAACCUGUGCAGCUGACGCCAGAGAACUUCGACAAGGUGGUGCACCCGAGGUAUUUGGAGGCGCUCCGCAUUGGUGCACGGGCAGUGGAAGCAGCUGAGGCUUCGGCCCCAAAAGAACGGCCCAUGCCCCACCUGUUUGGAUCCCCAGAGUAUCUGCAGGACCCCUACGGAGGGCUUGGGCCACUGCUGCCGGGGUGGCAGACACCGCAGGCAGCGCUGGGGGACGUGCCCCCCGGCGCCCUGCCCGAGUGGGGCGCCGCCGGCAUCAGCUCGGCUGCGCCAUCCACAGUGGGGGACUUUGACGCGGACGACUUUUCCACGGUUGAGGGCGGCAGCGAGACCGGCAUCCAUCGCCUGCCGGACUUCAAAUCCAUGCUGGAGGCCGCCCUGCGCGGAGACGUGGGCGACGACAGCGCGAGUGUGGGGCACGCGACGCACAGGAGCUCUGGUUCCACGGACGGCCAUACAGCCUAUGUGGCCGGCUUGGAGCCCAUUCGUGAAGCUCAGAUGCAGGAUGAGGAUGCAGACGUGCCCAGCAGCGGCGCCGGCUCGCUCAGGCGCAAAGCAGAGGUGGCCGACGCGCUGCGAGCGGGGCUCGACCUCGGCCAGCAGCGCGGCAGCGCCGAUGCGAUGGCCGGCGAGAGCGUCUCGCUGUCCUCGGACUUCAGCCGCUCCGUCAGCCAGGCCGUCAGCGGCGCGGAUGCCCUGCCGGCACCGACCGUCGCAUCGGAGCAGCAGAAGCGAGCUGGCCGCAAGGGUGUUGCGGCGGCAGCAGGGGAUGCAUCUUCACGGCGCGGCAGCGGUGCACCGCGAGAGGUAGCACCGCUGUCGGAGGAGCUGCUGUCGCGGCACUCGGCGUCGCUGGACGAUGCCGGUUCGCUGAACGGCGGCCAGCCGCUGAUGGGCAGCGGGGGGGUCCUGGAGAAGCAUCUGCACAAGGAGCUGGAGGCGUUGGAACUGCCAGAGGGGGUGUCGGGAGGCCUGUUUGAUGAGGACGAGGCGGCCGAGGCGUUUGUGGACAGCACUGAGGUGUUCCACUCGCCCGAGCAGCAGCUGCGGACCUCGUCGCAGAAUGGCGCCUGA